AUGGCACUCAAGCUCCCAGCGCAUCUCACCUACAAAACUGCAGUUGCAUUACUUCCUCCAUCGAGCAUCACAUCGCCAAUUGAAGCUGUGCGUUCUGUCCAUGACAAGAACUUCAAAAGAUGGCCGCCCCAUAUCAACUUGAUCUACCCGUUCCUGGCAUCACCGCUGGAGACGUCUGACAGCAACGUGCCUCGCCUGGGUCAGGCUAUUCAGGCGCGCCUCGAGAAGGCUAUCUCUGGCAUUCGACCUUUUCAAGUUGCACUAAAUGCUGACCCACCUGGUACAUUCACGCACAGCAAGACAAGCAAAACUGUCUGGCUUGGACCAGUCCCUGAUGACAAGAUCAAGCAGUUGCAAGCCGAUCUGCAAGCUGAGUUUGCUGAAUGCGACAGCGAUAAAAGAUCUUUCAUGCCUCACCUUUCCGUGGGGCAAGCACGUACUGACAAGGUAGCGGAACAAGUUAGGAACGAGAUCAGUAAGGGGGUUGCUGAGUUCAACAAUCACCAAGACGCUGCUGCUCCCAGAUCGCUAAACUGGUUCGUUGAUAAAGUCUUCGUGAUCGAACGCAAGGGCUUCCACGGCCGGUUUACAGUUGUUGGCUCAGUUGAUCUAAAGCCAAUACAGCAAUUAAGCUAA